UAUACAGUAUAUAUAGUAUAUGGCGUUAAAUUUGAAAGUAAACAACCAAAUGACAUAAAAUACAAAAAUACUUUGAUCCAAAUAAUUAGUAUUAGUAUCUUUUCAAUUAAUAAUUAUAUUUCAUAUCAUUAUUUUUUUUCAAACAACACAUGGAUGAAGUUAAAAAGCUGGAUGUGUCUUAUUUUCCCUUAUUUAUUGUGUCUUAUUUGAUUGUACUUAUUGUGUGUUAUUUACUGUCUUAGAUUGUGGUAUUGUGUUGUGUUAUGGUGAUGUGAUGUGCACUUGUGAAACUUGACCCGGCGUUCAACCUUGAAGACAACCUGUCAAGGUCGCCGCACCCAACGAGCGUUUGACCACAAAGUCAACGCUGAGGCGAGGUGAGUGUGUACUUCUCGUACUUGACUUCCUGUCCAUGUUUUUGCCUUCGCGUGGGUCAUGUGACCACAAGUUAGAGCAAGCAAAAAGAGUCUUUCAGCAUGAAGCCAUUAGUGAGACUUGAACUUCCUGUAAGAACAGGAAAUUUAGCUCUGCAUUGUCCUCAUUUGCGUGUGAGACUCCACUUAAUGAGGGAGGAAAUCCCCUAAGAGGCUCUGAGGGUCUCUGAGGGCCAACAGGAAGUGGAGGUGCCGCCCUUUGCCUUCUUUGCCGCUGACUUUUAUUUUUGACCUUAAAAUUACACUUUUUGGACACUUCUUAUAACAAGUUGCACAUGAUAACUGAUGCUAGCUCCAUUUAGCUUCAUUAGCACAAUCAAACAGAUCAGCAGACACGUGCACACACAUGCACGCACACGCAUACACACACACACACACACACACACACGCUCCAAAGAGGGUUGGUCUUCUCCCACCCGCCAGUCACCCUUGAAGCAUCCACAGGCAUCGAAGACAAGACUGAGUCGUCAUGGCGCUGGACCUGCUCGCCAUCAUGUUCAUCAUCAGUUUGGUGGAUCCAUCCUGCACAGCGUGGAUAGACCAGAACCAAACAGAACCAACAACAGGCCAGAACAUUUCGUCUCCAAGCUGGUCCCAAACAGGCUCAGUUACCAGGAGACCCACUUCCACUGAGGACGACCCGAGCCAAAUCCAGAACCAACUUGAGAACCAAACCAGGCUGGUUGUGACUGAGGAUGAGGAGAGCUUCCAGGAGUAUGAGGACCACCUGCUGGGGGGUCGCUGCCAACAAGACCUGCUGGUGGAAGCGAGUCACGCCGUGUGCGGUUCUGCCUUUCACCAGCAGAUGGAGCACUUGGGACCUGACGACCUCUGCGUUCUGGACAACGUGAUCCGGGCGUACAACGACAUGACGCUGUGCCUGGAGUCGCUCGCCCACUGGGCCGGCUGCUUCUAUCCCAACGCCAACAUUCAGGACUUCUUCCUGCUCGUCCACUCCAGCUACUUCCUGCAGUGCUCCCACGAGGAGCGCCACCUGGAGGACGCACCGCAUUGGCUGUCGGUGGCGCUCACGCUCUGCACCGUGGCCAUCAUCCCGGCCCUGGUCUACCUGGUGGGCUGGAGGAGUAAAGUGGUUACGCUACACUAACAUGCACGUUGAAGGAUGUUCAUAUUCUUACUUCCUCUUCAGGUCCUACAAAUUAAAAGUAUAUUCAGACAGGAAGUUUUUCAUG